GCUUUUGUCACAGUUCCAUUAGCAAGAGAGGCACAACAACAACAAACCAUAGAGAGUAAUACCGAGUCAUCGAGUCGAAAAGGAAGGCAUAGGCGAAAACAGGAACCUAAAACUCAAAUGUUGUUGUUCUCACAGGUGGGGCCCUUCUCCUUGAAGAACAAAUGUUGUUGUUCCUCCGCAUCAUCCACCUUCAAAAUCAAAACCCUCUUUCACAUGGACCCCACAACUAGCCGUUGCAGUCGAAGCAGAAGUUGUUGUCGUCCCUUUCCCUUCCAUCUCAUCACUUCCAGAGCAAGAUCUUCCUCUCUCUCUCCUCCCAGAAAUGGGCCAGUUGAUGGGACCCUCACUUUGCAAGAAUGGCAGGGGUGGGGUACAACUUCUCCUGUCCCUGCUACAAUUAGUGACGCUAUUGCUUAUUUGAAGAAUUUGGAGACUGAAACUGAUGUUCAGAUGAAUUUCGGGGGCAAUGGUGGUAGACUCACGGGUGAAUUUAGAAUCGAGGAGGACAAGAAACAUAGAGCAGCCUAUCGGGCACUCAGUGAUUCAGAAAUGAAGCUUCAAUUUUUUUCGGCCCGACAAAUAGCUUGUCGUUUGCUUGGAAGUCGAGGAUACCUCUGUCAAAGGUGUUGGCUUCCUCUUGAAGAUUGUAUGUGCUUGAAAGUCAAACCUUGCCCGCUUUGGCGUGGUAUACGGUUUUGGUUGUACAUGCAUCCUAAGGAUUUUCUGCGACAAAACAACACAGGAAAGUUGUUAUGGCAAGUGUUUGGUGUGCAGGCUGCAACAUUAUGCCUCUUUGGUAUUGUUGAACAGGAAGACAUUAUGUGGAAUGAAUUAGAGAAAGCAGGAAAAAACAAGGUAUGGUGUCUAUAUCCUAAUAAGUCUGGAGUUCCUAAGUCUGCAAAGGACUAUUUUCUAAGUGAUAUGCCAAGUGAUGAAGAUUGUGCUUUGAGCAAGACAAGUGGAGACAAUGUCUUGAAUUUUAUUCUAAUAGAUGGUACAUGGAACAAUUCUGGAGCAAUGUUCAAACGCUUAAAGGAUCGAGCAAAACUAGUGUGGGGGGAGGAUAACAUUGCUUGCAUUUCGGUUGCAACAGGUGCUUCAGCAAUGCACAAACUUAGGCCUCAACCAUCAUGGGAUCGCACCUGCACAGCAGCAGCGGCUGCUGGCCUUCUUUCUGAAUUGCAACUUGUUCCUCAAUUUUGUUCAUAUUGUCUGGAUAAACAGGCUGAAGCUAUAGAAGAUGCGUUGGAUGCCUUGCUAGAGGGUCUUACUGUUCGGCGUCUUCGUAUGGGCAGGUCUAUUGCACGUAAAGUUAAAAAGAACAGCUACGUCUGUUAGAAGUGUCCAUGCUGUUUACAGCAUUCCCCAGAACAUUGGACAUAAUUUCGUUUGUCAGGUCUGGAAAUCCAUCCACCAUCCUUUUCAAGCACACAAGUGGUGAUAUCAAGAUUUCGUGAAGCAUUUCUCAUCUGAUUGGGUUUUGAUUUCGAUCUCACAGUGAACAUAAUGACAUGCUCCACAUUUUGUUGGUGAACUUCCAUCUCUAACUCAGCUUAUUUUCCUCCUGUUGAGGUUGCAUCUAUUCUAAUUUCUAACACAUUGAGACCUGCUGAGUGCCGUUAGAGAUCCCAAUAUCCCGUGCACAAGGCUGAAACUUCAGUAAAUACUUGCAGGCGCAACUAAACUUGUUGGAGUGCAUGAUGCAGAAAACGCCAUCUUCAAGGAGCUUAUUUGAAGGUACAAAAUUUAUGGUAGACCCUUUUGCUAUGUACCGAUAUACCCACCUGAGCGGAUCUGAACAUUGUAUACGCUCGUAUCCGUCGUUGAUGAUUACUGUAACUUUUAGGUUGUUGAAAAGGCAGAAAUUUUAGGUUUUUAUUCUUAUGCAUAGUCUCAUCUAUACAAAUAUAUUAAAAGGCGUUCCCAUCAAAAGGGCCGUCUCAAACAA